UUUUAAAUUCUAAGUCCAGCAUACACAUAAUAUAAAAAUACAACUAUACAAUAUCAAGAGGAAGAUUUUUGCUAAUUUUCCCUUGGGCAUGUAACAUUACUUUUCAUAAUUCCUUUUGGUUCUCUCUCUCUCUUUCUCUCUUCUCUCUUCUCUCUUCUCUCUCUCCUUGGCAUUGUAUUCUGGCUUCCUUUGUCCUCCUCUCCACUCUCUGACACACACUGCUCUCUAGGUGGCGUAAACUUGCCUGAUAGUGCAAGCAAUGCUUUAAGCAAGCACCCCACUUUUUUCUUCUUUUUUUUUGGUUUUGGGGUGCCCUUUGAACUCGCUUCUCCAAAAACUCACUGUGUAUUCCUCUUUGUCUGUAAAAAAAGCACUGCUUUCUCUCUCUCUCUCUUAUUUGGGCCCCUCAUCACUACUCACCGUACUGUGUGUAAGCCGAUAUUAAUAUUUAGUGCUUCACUAGCUAAAACCCACCUCCAAAACUAAGUUCUAGCACUCUCUAGCUAGCUAAGCCAUUAGCUAUACCUAUUCCCUUUCUCUCUAUCCCUCUGACUAUCUCCUCUCCCUCUUCUCAUAUCCCUCUCUCUUCUCUUCACCACUCACUAACUCACUCCAAAUUAAUAAAUCAGUUUACUCUUUUUUCUUUUGUCCACUAGUAAUUCAUGAUUUGUUUCUCUCCCCCAUUUUUAGCCAGAGACUGUCUUCUCUUUCUUACAUCCUCUUAGUUUGGCUUUAAUCUGCUAUGGAAACGGAAGGUGCUGUUUGCUACUGUUUAAGCUCAUGAGCAAGAUUCUCAAAGGGAAGUCGGCGUGUUGAUCCUGCUGCUGUUUCCUUCUUUCUUUCUCGAUUUCUAUUUCUAGUGGGAUCCAAAAGGAAGAAAGAAAAAAUAGGUUUACUUCUCUACUAGCUUUGUCUCAUCUUCUUAUUAAUUUUCCAACCAUCAUUUUCCUUCUUGGGAAGUCUUUGAGUGGUGACCCCCCUUCACUCCCUCCCUCCUCCCCCCUCUAUGUGUAUCUCUUUCAAAUGAUAGAGAUAUGUUGAGUCUAUAGAGAAAAGGUGGUUUGAUUUGCUUAGAUUGGUUUCCAACUUUCUGGGUGCAGUACACUAGUCUUUGCUUGUUCUUUCUCUUUCCUUCUAAGUUGAGAUCAGCUGAUGAUAUAUGUACAUAUAUAUGGAUAUGUAUAUUCAAAGUUGAGGUGGCUGAUGACCUUUUAAUUGGCACUUUGUUCUUUGAUCAAAAGGAUUUAAUAUUAGCCCUAGGAGGAGGCCCCAUAUCCCAGAGUUCAAACUUUCUUUCCCCUCUUCUCUCCCCUCUCGAUUUUGUUUGCUUCACUAAAAGCUAGAGAGCAUAAUUGUCAAAAAAUUAAACUCCUAGGUAUUUGAGGAGCCAAAAACUAACAACUUUUUAGUUCUAAUCAUUCAAGUUCAAACCGAGCCUCCUAAUUCUCUCUCUUGUUCCUUCUCUUUUGGUCUCCAAUUACCAAACAAACAAGACCCAAAUCAUUAAAAUAAUACCUAGAGGAAAAAGAGAAAGAUCUAGCUAGGACUGAUUAUAUAAUGGAACUUUCAAGUCAAGAAGCUGGGGAGAUCCCAAUCCCAAUAAAUAGUUCCUAUGGUGGUGGGCAUGGGCAUGGGCACAUGAUCCAUCAUAAUCAUCAUCAUCAUGACCCUGCAGCAGCAGCAACAGUAGUGCCCCACAACCAUUCCAAUUUGAUUCCCUCCUCAGCAGUGCCCCAAAAUCAAAACCCCUCCAACACUAAUGGCUCUUCCAUGCCCACAAGCCUAGAUCAUCAUCACCAUCACCCCCAUUCUCAUCCUCAUCAUGAGGAGGAGGAGCAUGUGAACAUUGUGCCCUACAGCUGUAAGAAAGUGGGGGUGAGGUACAAAGAGUGUCUCAAGAACCAUGCAGCAGCCAUGGGAGGGACUGCAACUGAUGGGUGUGGUGAAUUCAUGCCCAGUGGAGAAGAAGGCACCAUUGAAGCUCUCAACUGCUCAGCCUGCAACUGUCACAGAAACUUCCACAGAAAAGAAGUAGAAGGUGAGCAGCAGCCCUUCCCCUCCUCUUGGGAUCAUAACUUUCAUCAUACUAUCAACAGGGUUGGGGUUGGAAGCAGGAAGUUCCUAUUAGGCCCUGGCCAUCACAAGAAUUUAAUAGCAGCCCCCCAAGAGGGUUUAGGGUACCAUACAAUGCCCUCAUCAAGAGCAGCAGCACCCCACCAGAUGAUAAUGUCUUACAACAUGGGAAUGGGAAUGGGAAUGGGAAUGGGGAUGGGGAUGGGGGCCCUCCCUUCAGAGUCUGAUGAACAGGAGGAGCAUGAUGGUGGUGGGGCUGUGGGCAGGCCAGCAGCAGCACAGCUAGCAAAGAAAAGGUUCAGGACCAAGUUUACACAGGAGCAGAAGGAAAAAAUGUUCAACUUUGCAGAGAAAGUUGGGUGGAAGAUUCAGAAGCAAGAAGACUCUGUGGUACAAAACUUCUGCCAAGAGAUUGGGGUCAAAAGAAGAGUUCUUAAGGUUUGGAUGCACAACAAUAAACACAAUCUUGCCAAGAAGAAUCCCCCACCACCCCCACCCCCACCUGCUUAAUAUCAAUUAAAAAAUUCAUUACCAUCUCUCUCAUCAUCCUCUUUCGGUUUGUGCUUAACUCUACCAGUAGUUAGCUUAUAUUACUGAUUAUCAUAUUUAAUUUACCCUGUCUUUUUCUCUUUUAUUUUAUAAUUUUUUCCUCUUUGAUAUUUUUCGUAAGUUUUCUUUAUAUAUAUAUAUGGAAUAGCAUUGGUGGUUAUGCAAUGUAGUUUUUGAAAAUUGGGUUUUAGUAGUGAGUUGUGGCUAGCUAGUUCAUGUUCUUGUCCAGUAUUGAAAGGGGACUUAUAUUAUAUGUGUUAUAUUUUCUAGUAACUAAUACCUAAGAAUCCAGCUGACAAAGGAAAAAAAAAAAAGGAAAGAAAAGAAGAGGUAUAUAUCAACCACGGGUCUUGCUGGCGGUUAUAAUUUUUGUUCAUGUUUGUUAGAACUAUGAACCUUGAUUUCUUUUAACAAUGGAUCUUGGCAUUGUGAGUUAAAAAUUCAUUCCGUUUCAAAGUUUGAUGAGUUUCAUAAAAAAAUAAUCAAUGUACUAAAUACUACCCUCUAAGAUUUGUUGGAAGCCUAUGGCACCUUGAUAGUGUGUAUAU